GGGCGCCUGAGCGGGAUCCUUGAGGGGGGACGAUGGCGGCGGGGUGCCGGGGGGGCUGUUGCGGGUGCUGCUGCUGUGGGGAAAGAGAAAGCCGCACCCCGGAAGAGUUGACCAUCCUUGGAGAGACCGAGGAAGACGACGACGAAAUCCUGCCCCGUAAAGACUACGAGAGUCUGGAUUACGAUCGUUGCCUCAAUGAACCGUAUUUGGAAGUCCUGGAGAGUCUCGAUAACAAGAAAAGUCAGCGCUAUGAAGCCGUGAAGUGGGUGAUGGUUUUUGCCAUUGGAGUUUGCACAGGGCUGGUGGGCCUUUUUGUAGAUUUCUUUGUCCGCCUCUUCUCCAGAUUCAAAUUCCACAUUGUUCAGAACUCGGUGGAGGACUGCAGCGAGAAAGGUUGCCUGGCCAUCUCCCUGCUAGAGCUGCUGGGCUUCAACCUGACCUUCAUCUUUCUGGCCAGCCUCUUUGUCCUAAUCCAGCCAGUGGCUGCCGGCUCUGGCAUUCCAGAGAUUAAGUGUUACCUGAAUGGAGUCAAGGUCCCUGGGAUCGUGCGCCUUCGGACUCUCGUGUGCAAGGCCUUGGGGGUCCUUUUCGGCGUAGCUGGAGGUCUUUUUGUAGGAAAGGAAGGCCCCAUGAUCCACAGCGGUGCUGUUGUAGGGGCUGGCCUGCCUCAGUUCCAGAGUCUCUCUUUAAAGAAGAUCCAGUUUAAUUUCCCCUAUUUCCGAAGUGACAGGGACAAGAGAGACUUUGUUUCUGCGGGAGCGGCUGCUGGGGUGGCUGCAGCUUUCGGGGCGCCCAUCGGAGGGACACUUUUCAGCCUCGAAGAGGGGUCCUCCUUUUGGAACCAAGGCCUCACGUGGAAAGUGCUUUUCUGCUCCAUGUCAGCCACCUUCACACUCAACUUCUUCCGCUCCGGCAUUCAGUUUGGAAGCUGGGGGUCUUUCCAAUUGCCAGGGUUACUGAAUUUUGGAGAGUUCAAGUGUCCAGAAUCCAACAAAAAAUGUCACCUGUGGACCAUCGUGGACCUGGGUUUCUUCAUCCUGAUGGGGGUCGGUGGGGGGCUCUUAGGGGCCACCUUCAACUGCAUCAACAAGAGGCUGGCGAAAUACCGUAUGCGAAACGUGCACCCCAAGCCGAAGCUGGUCAGAGUCCUGGAGAGCCUUUUGGUGUGCCUAACCACCACCCUUGUGAUAUUCCUUGCUUCGAUGCUUCUCGGGGAAUGCCGACCUCUCUCUCCUGCUAACCAUGGAGACAACAGCUCCACUGGCCUGCAGGAUUCUUCAUCGGAGGAAGUUAAUUCAAGCAUCAGGACAUUCUUCUGUCACAACAACACUUACAACGACAUGGCAACCCUUUUCUUUAAUCCACAAGAGUCGGCCAUCUUGCAGCUUUUUCACCAGGAGGGUACUUUCAGCCCUGUCACGCUCUCUCUGUUUUUCUUUCUGUACUUCUUGCUCUCCUGCUGGACUUAUGGGAUUUCUGUGCCGAGCGGUCUCUUUGUCCCAUCGCUGCUUUGUGGGGCCUCUUAUGGACGCCUGGCGGCCAACCUCCUUGAAAGCUAUGUUGGCCUGGACCAUGUCUACUCAGGCACCUUUGCGCUGAUCGGAGCGGCCGCCUUCCUGGGCGGAGUGGUGCGCAUGACAAUCAGCCUCACCGUUAUCUUGAUCGAGUCCACCAACGAGAUCACGUACGGGCUGCCCAUCAUGGUCACCCUGAUGGUGGCCAAGUGGACAGGCGACCUCUUCAACAAAGGGAUUUAUGACAUCUAUGUGGACUUGCGUGGGGUCCCCCUGCUGGAGUGGGAGGUCAAGGCCGAGAUGGACAAGCUCAGAACCAGCGACAUCAUGGAGCCCAACCUGAUGUAUGUCUACCCGCACACCCGGAUCCAGUCCCUCGUCAGCAUCCUCCGCACCACGGUCCAUCAUGCCUUCCCGGUGGUGACGGAGAACCGGGCCUACGAGAAAGAAUUCAUGAAGUGGGACCAGCUUAUUAGCAACAAUAUUAAAUUCAAGAAAUCCAGCAUCCUCACCCGGGCGGCUGAGCAACGUAAGCGUAGCCAGUCCAUGAAGUCCUACCCCUCCAGCGAGUUGCGCAACGUGUGCGAUGACCACAGUGCAGCGGAGGAGCCCCCCGAGACAGAGGACAUGCUGCAACAGAUGUUGGAGCGGAAAUAUACUCCAUAUCCCAAUCUGUACCCAGACCAGUCGCCCAGCGAGGAGUGGACGAUGGAGGAACGCUUCCGGCCUCUGACUUUUCACGGCCUGAUCUUGCGCUCGCAGCUGGUCACCUUGCUUGUCCGAGGAAUCUGCUAUGCGGAGAAUCAGUCAAGUGCCAGCCAGCCUCGUCUGUCGUAUGCAGACAUGUCAGAGGACUACCCACGCUAUCCGGACAUCCACGAUUUAGAUCUCACGCUCCUGAACCCACGGAUGAUCGUGGACGUCACGCCAUACAUGAACCCUUCUCCCUUCACCAUCUCGCCCAACGCUCACAUCUCCCAAGUCUUCAACCUCUUCCGGACGAUGGGGCUCAGGCAUUUGCCGGUGGUGAAUGCUGUCGGGGAGAUGGUGGGCAUUAUUACCCGGCACAGCUUGACUCAUGAGUUCCUGCAGGCCAGGCUGCGGCAGCAUUACCACACCAUCUAACCACGUCUCCCGCCUCCAGAGCCUCCCCCGGGGGUUUCUGGGCCCACCGUGUGCACUUUAGUCGACAAAAUAGGCCUGUUCUUGUCCUCCUUGGAGCUGUGAAACGUAAAUCCUCUGGGCUAGGGAAAAAUGCACAUCUGGAAAAUCUUGGGAGCGGGCUGCCCUCUUCUCUUCUGGCAGCCAUGCCCUUCUCCGUGGCUUUGGGUCAAACCAUCAUAAUGCUUCAUUGCCCAGCCCUGCGGGCACCUGGAAGGACUGCACCUCCACCUUAUUCCAGAGAGAGAGAGUGUCGUCUUUCUCUUCUCUUGCUGACUUUUUUUGCAGAUCUUGCAGACUUCCCUCUCUCGGGCUGGUCGGGACACCCGUAUGUUUGCUCCAGACUUAGCUACCUGCUUCUCAGUUUAAUGUUUACACCUUUGGUAAGGCUGAAACAGGGCAAAAAUUUGGUUUUCCUCCUGGGGCUUUUGAUCCUCUGCUCUUUGCACGUGUGUGCGUGUCCCUUCUGCUCUUCCGCUUUCAUUCAUGGCUUUCGGAGGUCAACUGCCACGGUGCCAAGGAAGUCUCUGCUUCGGGGAAAUUCGGAGCGAGCCCUUGUUCCUCCGGAUCCUGAUUCGGGAAGUCUUCAAAAAACUUGCGAGUGUGGGAAACCAGAAGGGUUUGCAUUAAUGCAUGGAAGCUGCUGUCUGUGGGUUGCUAGAACGGGGGUCUUCCGGAGAGCUGUUGAACCUGAUUUUGGGCGGGGUCAUCUCCUUCGGGUGCUGAUAGAAAACAGCCUCCUUUUCCCCCCGGAAGGCAAUCUGAUGCACAGGCAGUUCGCUGCCAAGCAAUACUGAAUGUGCAGGAAAAAAAUCAAGCUUUUCUUGUCGGGGGGUGGGGGGGACCAUAUCUGGCAGGACCAAACCGGUACUUUGAUAUUUUCUUCCAUCCCUGCAUCAGCCCCACUCGCCAUCCGUCUCUUCUUUGCAUGCGGUUUUCCAGCUCGGCUGAUUCCCCCUGCCCUGCCCUGCCCUUUCGCUGUCCCCAAAUCCACCCCUUCCUCAGUGUCCGGCCGUCAGGAUGUUCUCUCCCAAUUCCUGGAAAUCCCGCUGUGGAAAUGGCUGCGCUAGGGUGACCCGCAGCGCGUCCCCGUAUAACUUCUGAGUUUUCCUGUUGUCUCAGCCAGACGCCGCCUGGAAGGGCCAGGGGUGGUAUUGUUCAUGCCCGCUCCUUUGUCCUCGGCAGGUGGCUGUUUCCCUCGCCCUGGCAUAACCCUCCCUGCAUCGCUGCCACCCGGCUUUUCCUCUGCGGCCACAGUCCGGCCCUCCCCUCCCCUUCGCCAAAUCUGGUUUUCACAGAGAGUCUGUAAUUUGCAACUGGGGAGGGGGCAGGGGAGGAUGCAUUUAAUAGUUAGGAGGAAUGCCCAGGUAGGACCGAAAUGGAUCUUGCGGGGUGGGGGCUCUGCAGCGGCUCCAGCAGCGUUCAAGAGGUUUUCCAUCCUCGCCGGGUCACACAGAGCCUCGAGCUGGCUGUGACCGGUCUGGUCUUUCCAGCAAGCCUCAUCCCGCCUGGCUGUUGUGCCGGCUAUUCCGGCAGACUCCUGUCUUUGUAGCUUGGUGUGUGUGUGUGUGUGUGUGUUUUUAACCUUUGCAUAAAUCUGUCUCAGGGGAAGGCAGAACCUGAGCCUUGGAAGAGUGGGGGCCACAGAGCUGAUACAGCCUUGAUAAAGCACAGCUGUCGAGGUCCGCAGGAGGAGGGAGGGCAUUCCUGGGAAAGACCCUGCGCUCCCCGGUUUCCCCCUCGGUCCCCUCUGGGUACAGGAUUUAAUCUGUGCAGCUGCCCCAGUCCCCUUGGGGCUCCCCUGCAGGAGAGGGGCACCUGUUUGUGCCAGGCAAGGGGCUAGUUUAGUCCCUUGUGGCAUCAAAAUGUGGCUGGGUCCUCCCCAAAUUCCCAGGGGGGCCUGUAGCAGUCUGCAUUCUGCAAGGCUGCAGUCUUGAGGGGCAGCUGCUCAGUUCUAAGGAUUCCCUGCUUAUUUGCCCGCUGAUUUUAUCAGCAGCAAAAUAAGGAAUCCAGCCCUUGUUUUGCGGCUCGGUCUGCAAAUGGGAUACGGCCAUUACCAGUCUUCAGAGGGAGGGCAUUGCACAGGCAAGAUUUUUCAUGUGUUCUGAUGCUAAUUAAGUUACCAGUGCAGCGUAGCCUUUUUUUUUUUUUUCCUCCUUGCUUUCCAGUAAUAGAUUAUUUCUACAUAUUUUGGAGAAAUGUGGGGUGGGGGCCGAGCAGGAGUGCAAUUUUGAAUACUGGUUCUGUCUACUCAGGACAGGAAUGGCUUUGCAGCGUUUAUUUUUGUUCACCUUUCUGGGAUACUCUGUUGUGUCUCUCCCCCCCUCCCCAUUCCUAACCCUCCUUUCUUUGCUCCAUCUCGACCCAAAUGAGAUUGCAGCUCCUUUGCCCCCCCCCCCCGGCUCUUGACCUUAAAAAAAAAUAAUAAUAGGGACAGAUCACUCUGCAAGGUGCUACCGCCCUCAAACUUCCCUUUGCCCUCUUUACAACCGUUUCUGGUUAGAACAGGUCCUGUUUUAGCCUUGUUAGCAACUCUUGACAGCUGUCUUUUGGGCUGACUGGCACAUGAAAUAUGUCCACCACUUUUCCCCCUCCGCUGCCCUGCCUUUCACUGCAUCAGCCUGUUCCAUCUGCAACUGGAAAUUCCAGAAAGACCAAAAUUAUUGUGGCUGGCUUGCAGCUUUGUGUAGUGGGCAAAAUGGGCAUUUAAUUCUAAAGUGUGGGGUAUAAAUGACAAUUUUGUAUGCAUUUCUGCCUGUUUGUGUUAGUGAAAGAGACCAAUGCUCUAUUUUCCCAGGGAGCUGAAGUUGUUUUGUUCUGCUUUGCUUUGAGAAUUUCAGAAUUGCAGAGAGAGAGGAAAAUAAAAAUAACUUGUUUGAUGUCUGUUUAUCCAGCUAAGCUAGCUGUUUCUGCUCAUCCUUUAAAAGUGGAUGGGGGAAAAAAGUUCCAAACUAAUAUUUUGGCAGUUUUGUAUGAUUGCUGGCCAGUUAAGGCUUCCCCCCUCACUUCUGGAAGCUUGAAAGUGUUGGAGGGCAAAAAAAUGGCAUUCUCUACUGGGUUCGUCUGUAUUACCCAACUGCUGGCAUCUUGCUAGGUUGGGAAUAAAAAUACCUUUA